AUGCCCGUCAUCCCAACCAGCACUAUCGCCGCCGCCGUGAGCACCAUCACCGUCGUCGCCGCCACGCCGGCCGCCACCAAUGGGCUAAAACCCCCGGAGAAGAUCGCCGAAUUGGCCAGCGGCGGAUCAUCUCAGUUAAUCACCGCCGAUUCUGUUGCCCAGCUGUAUAACUACUUUCAACUUGGCCAGUCGGCGCCGCAGCAACCUCUCACGCCGGAAAUUCCCGGCUCCCCCUCCCAAGAUUCUCCCAUCUCGAAUUUUGCAAUCGGCGCCGGACUCCAUAACUACCGGAUGUCCCUCAGCCGAUCGAGUUCGGCUCCUUUAAGGCCAAGCGCAUACCCUCGGGGUUGUUUAAGACCUUCUGACCAGGACUCAUGGGAACAUAAUCCCCCAUAUACGAUCGACGAAGCCCACUGGGUGUUUGUCAAUGUAGCAUGGACGAUGCCUCGGUCUUUGUAG